UUUCCCGCUCUUUUUUGACCGAGUUCUGUCAGAGGAGGAUUCAGAGACGAGUCGUCGGCAAUUUUAUCCCAUACCACGAAUCAAGGAAUGAUGGCAGCACCGAGAUCACUGGCAUCAUUUGACUUCUGCCACAAUCCACACGCAGGCUCCCUCUUGCAGGGCUUGCAGGAACUGCGAUCUGACAACCAACUGGUUGAUGUUACGCUCUGCGUCUCAGGAAAAGAGAUUCCGUGCCACCGAAAUGUCUUGGCUGCUUGCAGCGAGUACUUUCGUGCAAUGUUCUGUAAUGGGCAUCGUGAGAGCCAAGAGCAUAAGGUAACCAUUCACGAAGUCAACAGUGAUGUAAUGCAGCUUCUUGUUGACUAUGCAUACACGUCAAAAGUCACCAUCACCAAGGACAAAGCUGCAGAACUACUGGAAGGGGCCAACUUCUUCCAGAUCCAACCUGUGCGUGAUGUUUGUGUGAGUUUCCUAUUCAGCAACCUGAGUGCUGAAAACUGCCUGCAGAUGAUGCAGUUAGGCAACAUGCUGUCCAGCCAAGAUUUGGAGGAUAAAGCGAGAGUGUACGCCAUGAAGGAGUUUGUAGAAGCUAGUAAAACACCGGCCUUCCUUUCUCUGACGAAGGACCAGCUUGUCGCACUCAUCUCAUCUGACGAACUAAAAGCGAGAGAAGAAGUCGUCUACACAGCAGUGAUGGCGUGGAUCAACCAUGACACCAGGAAGAGGAAGAAGGAGAUGAGAGAGCUGAUGGAGCUGGUCAGGUUUCCCUUCAUGGACAAGCUGUAUUUUUUGGAGAAUGUGGAGACCAACGACGCUAUACGCAAGUCUUGCCAGGAUCUAGUGAUGGAAGCUCACAAGUUUCACCUGUACCCAGGAGAGGUCCAGUCACCUCGCACCGUUCCCCGCAGCGCAAGUGGUUGGACAGAGAUGGUCUUGCAUAUCGGAGGCAUAAUAAAAAAAGGAUCUGGGGAAGACAAUCCUACAGUUUACAAACACAAUGUCUCAACAAGGUAUCGUCUUCUGGCCUUUAUUAAUAAAGACGUUGUACCAGUAUUUGCUGUCGCUUCCCUGGGUACAGAUGGCGUUAUUUUCUCUUCUGGCAAGAAUGUCUUGAUGUUCCAGCAAGAAGCAAGGUUAAUACUGACAGGCUGUUCCAGACUUGACGACAUGAUGACAGAGCGGCACGAUCACAAACUUGCAGUGACACGUGGCAAAGUGUAUGCCAUUGGUGGCAGAAAUGAUGAUGUUUCUGCCCUAGCAUCGGUUGAGGUCUACGACCUGAGAGAAAAGUUUUGGAAAGACGGUGUAGCACUCCCGCAAGCAAGGUACAACCAUGCUGUUGCAGUUUUGGAUGGCAACAUAUACGUGAUAGGUGGGUAUGAUGCAGAGAGGAAACUAACCUCUACUGUGUUUCGCUUCAAGCCAGGUGACUCCGAGUGGCACCAACAAAAGGAUAUGCCUGUUAGAGGAGCAUGUAUCUCAGCCGCAACUCUCAAUGGUAACAUUUACGUUGCCGGACUACGUUCCAAAGUGUUGUGUUUCAAACCGAGCGAAUGUGGCGGUGUAUCUCAGGUGUGGGCGACCAGUUGGACGUGA